AGCCGCAGCUUUUUCUUUUGCGUUGUGCUGCUGGGACAGUUGCAGGGAAGCGAGUGCCGGUGGAGUGUUUACAAUAAGGUGUACUUCUGGAAACAUUAAGUUCGGUCAUAAAUUUGACUUGAAAGAGGUAUUAUCUUAACCCAAAGAGGAAAAUUAUGGCUACCGAUUCCUGGGCCUUGGCUGUAGACGAACAAGAAGCUGCUGCAGAAUCGCUGGGUACCUUGCAAAUCAAAGAGAAGGAUGACAAACCCAAAACUGAGAAGCCCAGUGUUGAGGCAAAUGGCACUACAAAGCCAGAAGACAAUGAAUCAGACAAACCAGAAGAUGAGGACAAAGAGGACAGAGCUGCGCAGUCACUGCUGAAUAAACUGAUUCGCAGUAAUCUGGUGAACACCACCAACCAAGUAGAGGUUCUUCAGAGAGAUCCUAACUCCCCGCUGUAUUCUGUCAAAUCCUUUGAGGAGCUGAGACUGAAACCACAGUUGCUUCAGGGUGUGUACGCUAUGGGUUUCAACAGACCUUCCAAAAUCCAGGAGAAUGCUUUACCCAUGAUGCUUGCAGAGCCGCCUCAGAAUUUAAUUGCGCAGUCACAGUCUGGCACAGGUAAAACAGCUGCCUUUGUGUUGGCCAUGCUGAGUCAUGUGGACCCUGCAAACAAGUGGCCACAGUGUUUGUGCGUUUCUCCAACAUACGAGCUGGCUUUACAGACGGGGAAGGUGAUUGAGCAGAUGGGGCAGUUUUAUCCUGAAGUAAAACUUGCUUACGCCAUCCGUGGCAAUAAAUUGGAGAGGGGCAUGAAGAUCCAGGAGCAGAUCGUGAUCGGGACCCCGGGGACAGUGCUGGACUGGUGCGUCAAGCUCAAGUUCAUCGACCCCAAGAAGAUCAAAGUGUUCGUGCUGGACGAGGCCGACGUCAUGAUCGCAACGCAAGGCCACCAAGACCAGAGCAUUCGCAUUCAGAGAAUGCUACCGAAAGAUUGCCAGAUGCUGCUGUUCUCUGCCACCUUUGAGGAUUCUGUGUGGAAGUUCGCACAGAGGAUUGUCCCAGACCCCAACAUCAUCAAGCUCAAACGCGAGGAGGAGACUCUGGACACCAUCAAGCAGUACUAUGUCCUCUGCAACAGCAAAGAGGAGAAGUUCCACGCCCUCUGUAACAUAUAUGGAGCCAUAACCAUUGCCCAGGCUAUGAUCUUCUGUCAUACCAGGAAGACAGCGGGCUGGCUGGCAGGGGAGCUGUCCCGGGAAGGGCACCAGGUCGCCCUGCUGAGUGGGGAAAUGAUGGUGGAGCAGAGAGCCGCGGUCAUCGAGCGCUUCCGGGAGGGAAAGGAGAAGGUUCUGGUCACCACCAACGUGUGCGCCAGAGGGAUUGAUGUAGAGCAGGUAUCCGUGGUGAUCAAUUUCGACCUGCCCGUGGAUAAAGACGGGAAUCCUGACAACGAGACGUACUUGCACAGAAUUGGUCGCACGGGGCGUUUCGGGAAGAGGGGAUUGGCCAUCAACAUGAUCGACAGCAAGUUCAGCAUGAAUAUCCUCAAUCGAAUCCAAGAGCACUUCAACAAAAAAAUAGAAAAACUGGACACAGAUGACCUUGAUGAAAUUGAGAAAAUUGCCAACUGAGGAGGCUGAAGCAGAAAAUCUCUUCCAGCCUAUUUCGUCGAGUGCUUUGUACUUCUGCACAUGUUGGACUGGGGUUCAAAUUGUCAUGUUGUGUAGCCAGCAAAGGAAACAACUUCAGCAUAAAAGAAUCUUAUACCUCAUGUCAAAUUUUUGCAAUUGGAUGGUAUAAUGCUCUAGGGAAAUAUUUUAUUUUUUGUAACAGAAUAACUAGAUGGUGAAAGAAGGGGUUUACAAGAGAUUGUAAUUAGGUCUUAGCCUUAAAAGCAAAAUAUUUUAACUUCAGGUCAGUAGCUCUAAAUGUCAACUAGAUUCAAUAUGAGGUGACAGAAUUGGUCAAGGUUUGGUUCUGGCUGGGUCUUUUGUUUUUAACAGUUUGACCACAGAUAGAGGUAAAGCACUGAAAUAAAAGAUGAUCUGUUGCAACGCGUGGUCCGAUUUUAAGCAAAAAAAACAUCCUGUGGCAGAUGAAUGACUAACUCUUUGGUUUCUGAGAAGUAUCUGUUGAGUCUAAUUUAGAGGAAUUUGCAUGAGCCAAAAUACCUUUGCUGCUCUUGUUUUGCUUGCCUUUGCUCCAGAAUAGUAGUUAGGACCUUUUGUCAUUUGCUCAGUAGACCCCAGAUAGGGGGAAGGAAGGAAAAUGGCUUUAGAAAAGCAAAAGAAUUGAAAUUUCAGUUGCUCAAACAUUUUUUCAGUGUCCCGAAAGGCUACAUUUCAAGUCCUUCACCUGUGGAAGACUUACACCUCCGACACUGCUGUUAUUGGGUGAUGUGUCUCAACUGUAGCUUCCCAGCAUCAUGAAAGGAAAUGGCUCAAAAGUGUGUCAGCAGUUUCUCUUAAAGUAUGGAGAAGUCUGGUCCAAAAUAAGAAUCUUGCCAGAACUGAAACUUAUGUUUUGGGUAAGGAUGGGGGAAAAAUCUGGAAGUUUACUGAAAGGUGGUUAAAAAUGUUUUGGAUUCUUUGGUUACCCAUCCGGUUAUUACAAAAACAAAUUUCAUGUAACUGACAUUGGCAGUUUGUCAGAUACUUUACGGUCCACAUUGCAAUAGAUAUCUAUGAUUUGAGUUUAGAUCACUGGAGUGUUUCUCUGAGACUGAUGAGCUGCAGUUGAUUUUAGUGUUGAAGAAGGAAGAUGUUUUGCCAAAUAUAACUCUAGUUAAUGACUUGUACCAGUUAACAUUCCUUUAACAGUAUAUCUUUUUUGUUUCCUAAUCUGCGAUAUCUCUUCUGUACUCAAGUAUGGGUACACUCAAUUCAGACUUUACAAUGCCAUGCAAUGGCUUUAUAGUUUGCUGUAAAUCGGAAGAGCAGAAGUAUGCUUUUUAAGGAUCACUUGGAAAAAGUCCUGUUUUAAAAUCAUGUUCCUGUUUAAACUCAGUAUUGGAACUGCUUCAGAUGAACAGAUUGGCUUUUUCGGACAGAAAAUGAGGGAUGUAUUUUUUUUUCUUUGCAACAUUGGCUAGCAAGUUCUGUACAAAGACAGGAAUUCAGACACUUUUACCGCGUAAAAAUUUAGGCAUAUGUAAAGUGUACCUAAAAUUUUAGGAACGACUGCACCCAGUUACUCUAAUUUGUAAAAAGCUUAACUGAAGACAAAAAAUGAAUUUUUAAUUGGUGUUCGGUUUUUUUGUACAAUGGGGUGUAUGCAUUUUUAUUUGGACUGCAAUUGGAUACUUAUCUGCAGAUGUUAUGAGAGUGCUUGAGUGACAUUAGUUGUUCUAAAUGCCCCUGCAUUUAUCAUUUGCAUUUAGAGAGUCUGCAAAUGGCAGCAGUACAAAAUGUAUGUUACACUGCUGUGUUUAAUGGUUUUGUGGUUAUUUCUAAGUAACAUUUAUUGUAAUAAAGAAUACCUGCUUACCGCCA